CUAUAAUUCCAACUACAAUAAUUCUGAAUUACCUGGGGCUCAGGCUGCCGAAAAGUGAAAAAUCAAAUCCACCAUUGCCACCGUCCUCCCUCGCCGUACAGUGUGUGUGUGCGUGUGUGCGUCAUUCCGUGUGCUGCUCUACAUUGAUGCUGGAAGCCGCCCAGAGUCCAACUUUUUGUUCUUCGGCGAAGGAGUGGUGAACAGCUCCGCGCGAAAGAGAUGGCGGCCGCAGCAGCAGGUGGGCGUUCUGAAGAGGGUGCCCUCAUCGCCAUGAUUGCGGAUGAGGAUACGAUAACCGGGUUUUUGCUGGCUGGAGUUGGGCACAAGGAUUUUCGGAGGAAAACAAAUUUCCUUGUUGUCGAUUCCAAGACAUCAACAAGGACGAUAGAGGAUACCUUCAAGGAGUUCACAUCUCGGGAAGAUAUUGCCAUUGUCUUGAUCAGCCAGUUUGUGGCUAAUAUGAUUCGCUUCGCUAUCGAUAGCUACCGGAAGCCCGUCCCCGCAAUUCUGGAAAUUCCGAGCAAGGAGCACCCCUACGACCCGUCUCAAGAUUCUAUCCUGUCGCGCGUGAAGCAUCUUUUCCAAGCCGACACUGGCAGCGCCGUCCGCUUCUAAGCCGCGAGGAGUAAGUUGCAACUUUCCUUCUUUCUAACCUGGUGACGAAGUCGACAGGCUUUUGGUCUGCAGCUGGCUUGUGGUCUGCAGCUUUCCCUUUCUCUCGCUGUGUUGCGAGGAGAGAGGAGUUCCCAGGGCUUGUGCCGACAUCUAUGAGUGCGUUUGAGUGCGUGCACCUGCACCAAGCGUAAAGGAGGUACACAGACAAGGAAAGGGGUGAGGGUGAGCGGAGGGAAAAUGAGGGGUGAGGGUGGGGGGAGGGAAAAGAGAGUGGAGUGUGAAAGUCAGGGGUCUUGAAAAGCCAGCUGCUUUAUCUGAAUUCUGUAGCUUUGGAGAUUCAUUCUUCAUCCUUCUGCAAAAGGCAUUGUACAGACCAGAUACAAAGUGAUGGCCAGCUUCUCCAUCACACUGUUUCUUUGCCUUUUCGGCCUCAAUAAAUAAUAAUCUUUUCU